AUGCGGUUUACACGCUCUUUUUUAACGAGCACUUUGCUCCUGGCAAGUGUUUCGACCGCUAAUGCUGUCCGCACCGUGACCCAAACCAAUUGGCAUACCGUGUGCCCCUGCAGUACCGCUCUUUUAUCCUCCCCCACUACCCCUAGCCUCUUGGAAUCCAACCACGGACAAUCUGGAGAUUCUACCAACACGUCCGGCAAAGACUCUGGAUCAAGCUCGGGCUCUGAAUCAGACUCGAGCUCAAUUUCGGGCUCGGACUCGGGUUCUGGAAAUAGCAAUGGCUCCGGCUCAGAACAGCAGUAUACUACUUCAACUGUAUUCGCCACCAAUGUCCACACUGUGACUGCUUGCCCGCCUUCUGUUACGGAUUGCCCAGCCACAGCAAAAACCACUUACGUGACCACCGAGACUAUCAUUGACUAUACCACUGUCUGCCCUGUUACUGAGUCUGCUACACAGGCCGUUGCUGCCACCGAUAUUGGUGAAGCUUCGCCCACAAAGACAGCUGCUAGUGUUGGUAAUGAUCAGUACACCACCUCCACUGUCUUUACCACUAGUGUGCAUACUAUGACCGCCUGCCCGUCCUCUGUUAAGAACUGCCCAGCGUCUGAGAAGACCACUUACGUUACUACCGAGACUAUCAUUGACUAUACCACUGUCUGCCCUGUCACUGAAUCUGCUACACAGGCCGUUGCUGCCACUGAUAUUGGUGAAGCUUCGCCCACCAAGACGGCUACUAGUAUUGAUAAUGAUCAGUACACCACCUCUACGGUCUUUACCACCAGCGUGCAUACUGUGACCGCCUGCCCGUCCUCUGUUAAGAACUGCCCGGCAUCUGAGAGGACUACAUACGUGACCACCGAUACUAUUAUUGAUUACACGACUAUUUGUCCGGUAACUGCUACUGAAACUGGCUCCAGCUCUGGUGCUACGCCAACUAGCUCUACUUCCACCUCUGGGUCCGGUUCUGGCCACGAGUCUGGUUCUGGCUCUGGCAACCACUCUGGCUCCGGCUCUGGCAACCACUCUGGCUCCGGCUCCGGCAAUCAAUCUGGUUCUGGCUCUGGUGACCACUCUGGCUCCGGCUCUGGCCACGAGUCUGGCUCCGGCUCCGGCAACCAAUCUGGUUCUGGCUCUGAUGACCACUCUGGCUCCGGUUCUGGCCAAGAGUCUGGCUCCGGCUCUGGCAAUCAAUCUGGUUCUGGCUCUGGCAACCACUCUGGCUCCGGCUCUGGCAACCACUCUGGUUCUGGCUCUGGCAACCACUCUGGCUCCGGCUCCGGCUCUGGCAAUCAUUCUGGCUCCGGCUCUGGCAACCACUCUGGUUCUGGCUCUGGCAACCACUCUGGCUCCGGCUCUGGCAAUCAAUCUGGCUCUGGCUCCGGCUCUGGCAAUCAUUCUGGCUCUGGCUCCGGCUCUGGCAAUCAUUCUGGCUCCGGCUCUGGCAACCACUCUGGUUCUGGCUCUGGCAACCACUCUGGCUCCAGCUCUGGCAACCACUCUGGUUCUGGCUCUGGCAACCACUCUGGCUCCGGCUCUGGCAACCACUCUGGCUCCGGCUCCGGCUCUGGCUCUGGCUCUAGUGUCUCGCACGUCUUCACUACUGGCUCCUCUAUCUCCUCAUCUCAUUCUGCCCAACGUACGAGCUCCAUCGGUGGGUCUGGUCAUGGUCACGGUCAUGGUCACGGUCAUAGUCACAGUCAUCAUGUUUCAGGUGCCUCCAGCAGCAUCGAUCACUCUAACUCGCCUCGGCCUUCAUCAACUCCCCUGCAGACAUCCACUUCUGGCGCCUUCAUCUCGCCUUCUCGUUCAGUCCAACGUACAAGCUCGACUCCUGUCAUCAAGGCCAGCGCAUCCGCAUCCCCCUCUGCAGCUAUUGAGCCCCUAGCUUUGUAUGUCCAGCAGGUCCAAGCAAAGCGGAAACGUCAGACCUACAACAGCGCUGUACUUAUCGGCGCUGGCUCUCUUACAGCCAGCUGCGCCGAUGCAGACCGUUUCUAUCUCACUGGGGGGCAUCUCUACGAUGAUACAUUGCUAAUUGCUGCCGACAAGGACGCAUCAAGCGCGGCCUUUAAGGGAUCCAGUAGCCCAGGACCCAUCCGGGGCACCUUCGCCAUUACAGACAACACUCUCUCCUGGUCAAACUCGGACUUCACCAAUAGCGUGGCCUCGUUCUGUGUCUCUAAUAACACCGUCUUGGCUAUCUUCAGCGGUAGUAUGCCCUCCGGUUGCACCCCGGUUACUAUCGCUGCCGUGAAGUACUGUACGUAUUAA